AUGCUCACCCAGAAGCGGCGCUCCCAGUGGCCGGGGACGUACGACCAGACAGCCUACGCGACGGGGGAAAUAUCAGGGGUUGAUUACAACUUUGUCUCCAUAGAAGAGUUUUUUUCCCUGGAAGAGUCUGGAGCCCUGCUGGAGAGUGGCAAGUUCAAGG